AUGAUUUCAACAACGUUUUAUCAUUUUAAAUUAAUAAUUGGUCUUGUACUUUUAUGUGCAUUAAUUCAAAUAAGUGACACUCGACCUACCUUGAUUGAUGAUGAACAAGGUCCAAGUCAAGUUGAUCAUUCAUUCAUUAAUAAUUAUGGUGAUAUCAAUGAACGAUUGCAUGAUGAAAUUCCACUCGAAGAUUUUUAUAAUCUUAAAAAUCUAUUCGACUAUGAUAAUGUUCAAAUGGCUAAACGUUUAAUUAUGUUACCUCGUGUUGGUCGUCGUUCAAUUCGAUCAACAUAA